UACUGGCUUGCGUACGAAAUAUAGAUUAAGAAACCGGAAAAUAAUAGGGUGCUGAUGACAUUCGCGCAAGACUGUGAGCAAAAGGAAACGGGGAUAAAAGCUCCAAGUUUCUGCGGAGAAAUCAUAGAUAUCUUGCAACCCGCCUUUGUCAGUUUCCUUUAAUCCGGAAAGAGGUUCAAAGAAUGAGUCGCAGCAGUUUAAUUAAAAUCCGAAGGCAACUCGCAAUUGUUUUAGUAUUAUUGAUCACUCUAGCAGAGACUCGACGACUCAACUGCAGAAUAUAUGUUCAUCAUCCUAAAUGCAGAGGGGUUGCUGCGAAAAGAGACACCACCAGUCAAGCAUUUUCUGAAGAACUCAGAGACCCCAGGUCACCAUCAGGUUUUGACCCCGACUAUCUUUUAGACAGUAUUCAACAAAGCCCAAACCUCAAUGAAAAUUAUGAAGAUUUCAAAAUUCUUAUGGCAUUGUUGCGGGGUCCACCAAGCAAAACCACCCCAAGUGAUCAAGUAAUUGGAAGAUAUGUGUAAUGACUGACUAAAUAAAAAUUAUUUGCUAAUGAAUCAGUAUUAUUCCUGUGAAUAUU